GCCCCGCCCCGCCCCGCCCCACCGAGCUCCAAUGGCCACGGCCGCCCGAGGGGUGGCGGCCGGAUAGGGACUCAGGGAAAAGUGUGCGGAGGCGGUCGCCGCGCAAGGCGGGGUCUGUCCCCGGCCGCGCUGCGUGCCGCGGCGGGGCGGGAAAUGUCAGGCCGUCCCCGCCUGGUGCGGGGGACGUGGGGCCCCGGAGGGCGCGGAGCGCGGUAGGCGAUGGCGUCGGCGGCGUCGAAGCUGCGGGCGGAGGCCGGGCUCGGGGCGCUCCCGCAGCGGGCGCUCGCCCAGUACCUGCGCCUUCUGCGGCUCUACCCUGUGCUCACCAAGGCGGCCACCAGUGGCAUUUUGUCAGCACUUGGGAACUUCCUGGCCCAGGUGAUGGCGAAGCAGCGGAAAAAAGAAAACUCCCAAAAGCUAGAUGUCAGUGGGCCUCUCAGAUACGCCAUUUAUGGGUUCUUCUUCACAGGGCCACUGAGUCACUUCUUCUACCUCUUCAUGGAGCACUGGAUCCCUUCUGAGGUCCCCUGGGCUGGGGUCAAGAGGCUCCUCCUGGACCGCCUCCUCUUUGCACCGGCCUUCCUGUUGUUGUUUCUCCUCGUCAUGAACUUCCUGGAGGUUGGUCGCUGCCUUAGUACUUGCGAUAGCUCUUUGCGGGGCACAGCGAUUCUUGACCUGGCAUCCGUGGGUGGAAUUCAGAGGGUCUGUGAACUUUCCGGCACACCAAAAUUGAAACUUCUCUCUCUUGUUUUUAUGAAUGUCAGACACAAACCCCAGUCAUAUUGGCGGUACCUGUUGGUCCGCAGUAAGAAAUCACGGAGGUCUUGAUAUCACACAUCCCAAAAUAUCUUUUAUGUUUCUGGACCCCCUGCACCUGGUUUCAAGUCUCGUCACUGAAUGUGUUAAGGAAGCACAUACACUGGUCUAUCAUAAGAUUCUUUUAAAAAAAAAAUUUUUUUUUUAACGUUUAUUUAUUUUUGAGACAGAGACAGAGCACGAACGGGGGAGGGUCAGAGAGAGUGAGACACAGAAUCUGAAACAGGCUCCAGGCUCUGAGCUGUCAGCACAGAGCCCAACGCGGGGCUCGAACUCGCAGACUGCGAAAUCAUGACCCGAGCCAAAGUCGGCUGCUUAACCGACUGAGCCACCCAGGCGCCCCAAUAAGAUUCUUUUCUGAAUAUUUUGGUAGCUGUAUUCAGUAUAGUUCCCUGGUAAUCUUAUAUAUGUUAUAUAAACAGGAUUCUGAGAAGGGGGUCUGUGGGACUCACGACACAGAAGUUUCAGGCCCCUAAUGGUAUCGCAGAAGCCUGUGCUAAUUCAGUGCCUGAACAUCAUAAGUGCUCUGAAGAGGUUAACAGACCAGCAUAGACUGAAAACCUCACAACUCACCGCAGGAGAGGUGUGUUCACGCAAAUCACUAGCCAUGUCUGUUCUAACGUGCCCAGCCUAAGACCCUUCCCAGUUCACUACACCUCCAGCCUCUCACCAUCUCUCUGUCCACUGUGUGCCUGAGAUGUGUCCUGUUCUGCCCUGAAAGUAAUCGUUCCGACCAAUCACAGCAGGCAAAUGCUUCUGCAGGUUUUAUUUUGAAGCAGCAUCUUGAGGUCUUGUUACUGAAGAGAAUGCCCCUGUGGCCAAAAGUGAUCCUUGCGGGGGAAGCAGGAAAGAUGCAUAACCUCAACCAUGAUUGCUAGUAAGUCCUUGAUAGCAAAAAGAAGUGUUCGGGAAGCCGUUAGAAAACCUGAGGUAGGAAGCAAAGGAUACCCACAUUAGAAGUGAAGGUACAGGAGUGUCUCUUUUUUUCCUUCUAGCUACGAAAGGAAUAUAUUUUUCAUUAAUAGACAAAACCCCUAAAUCCGCGUAUCGUAUGUUACCAAGGUGUGUAAAGCGCCCAACAUAAAUGCCUUGUGUUGGACCACAUUAUACCACACACACGAUAGAUGCUUCUGCAUCUGCAUUAAAAAAAUUUUUUUUUAAUUUG